GGCGGGAAGCUGGGGGAGGGGUGAGGAUGGAGGGAGCCUGGGCCGGGAGGCAGUGCCGGUCCGGGCCCAGCAGCCUGGGCUGGGCUGGGCGGAAGCGGGGAGGGCGGUGGGGACGGCGCUUUUUCCUCUGCCCCGCCCCCUGGGACCACCUCCCCUCCCCCCUGCUCUCCACCGGCCGCGCUCUGGCCGGCGGCCGUUAGUUAGGCUUCCCGAGGCCGUUCCUUCAGUCCCCUUUCUCCUGGGUCGAGGAGGGGCCGUCUCCCUGCCGGUACCGCGGGCCGGGUCGCAGCGCCCGGCGCUGCUUGUGGGGAAGAGGCCGGUGGGGAUUUCGGGGCUUUCCCGCCCGGGCAGGGUCUCUCCUGUCAAGCGAAAGCUGAUUUCACCGGGAAGCUCAGCUUUCUGUUAACACCUGCUUCUCCCGCCUUUCUUGAGACCCGAAUGGUGUUUCUCGACUACUUCUGCGUCUCACGUAAACAUUUCUCCAACUCUUUCACUCUGUGGUAUCUCCCUGAGGUGUGAUCUCGCUAGUGCCACCACCAGAGAGACACGGCUGGACCCUCCUGCCCAGAUCUCCUGUUACUUUUGUGUUCAGCUGUUAAGUUGAUUUCACCUGAAUGCCUGUAACAGCUUGUAUUCUUUUUUUAGACUUUGUAUCUUGCUAAAGUCAGUGAUGUGAAAAGAUCUGACAUGGAUGAUAUUGCUGAUAGGAUGAGGAUGGAUGCUGGAGAAGUAACUUUAGUGAACCACAACUCCAUAUUCAAAACCCAUCUCCUGGCCCAAACAGGUUUUCCAGAGGACCAGCUUUCAUUUUCUGACCAUCAGAUUUUACCUUCCAGGGAAGGAAAUUUGGACCGAUCUUAUACAUGUUCUACAAGAAGUACAGCUUAUAAUCCAAAUUAUUAUUCAGGAUUCUUUGUCAGCAAGAUGAGAUCUCCUCCCCUAAAAAGACACAACCCUUCCUCAGACAGUUUUCUUGGCUCAGGAGACUUAAGAACCUUUGGCCAGAGUGCAAAUGGCCAGUGGAGAAAUUCCACUCCAGCAUCAGGUUCAACUUCACAAAAAUCAAGAAACAGCCGAAGUCUUUACCUCGAAACCCGAAAGACCUCAAGUGGAUUAUCAAACACUUUUACGGGAAAGUCAAACCAUCACUGCCAUGUGUCUGCAUAUGAAAAAUCUUUUCCUAUUAAGCCUGUUCCAAGUCCAUCUUGGAGUGGUUCAUGUCGUCGAAACCUUUUGAGCCCCAAGAAAAUGCAGAGGCGACAUGUUAGUACAGCAGAAGAGACAGUCCAAGAAGAAGAAAGAGAGAUUUACAGACAGCUGCUACAGAUGGUCACAGGGAAACAGUUUUCUGUAGCAAAACCCACCACACACUUUCCUUUACACCUGUCUCGAUGUCUUAGUUCCAAUAAGAAUACUUUGAAAGACUCACUGUUUAAAAAUGGAAACUCUUGUGCAGCUCAGAUCAUUGGCUCUGAUACUUCAUCAUCUGGAUCUGCCAGCAUUUUAACUGCCCAGGAACAACUGUCCCACAGUGUGUAUUCCUUAUCAUCUUGUGCCCCAGAUGUUGUGGCAUUUGGAUCCAAAGAUUCUGAUCCUGUCCAUCAACCCCAACAUCACCACUCUCUUCUACAUCAGCCAGAUCACUUACCAGCUUCAAAUACACAAUCAGAAGGAUCAGACUCUGUGAUCUUACUCAAAGUGAAAGAUUCCCAGACUCCAGUUCCCAGUCCUACUUUUUUUCAGGCAGAGCUGUGGAUCAAAGAAUUAACUAGUGUUUAUGAUUCUCGAGCACGGGAGAGAUUGCGCCAGAUUGAAGAGCAGAAAGCACUAGCAUUACAGCUUCAAAACCAGAGAUUGCAGGAACAGGAACAUUCAGUACAUGAUUCGGUAGAACUGCAUCUUCGUGUACCACUUGAAAAGGAGAUCCCUGUCACGAUCACCCAAGAAACAGAAAAGAAAGGUCAUAAAUUAAUUGAGAGUGAAGAUGAAUUUCCUGAAAUCACAGAGGAAAUGGAGAAGGAAAUAAAGAAUGUAUUUCGUAAUGGGAACCAGGAUGAAGUUCUGAGUGAAGCAUUCCGCUUAACCAUUACACGCAAAGAUAUUCAAACUCUAAACCAUCUGAACUGGCUCAAUGAUGAGAUAAUCAAUUUCUACAUGAAUAUGUUGAUGGAGCGAAGUAAAGAAAAGGGAUUGCCAAGUGUGCAUGCAUUUAAUACCUUUUUUUUCACUAAGUUAAAAACGGCUGGUUAUCAGGCAGUGAAACGUUGGACAAAGAAAGUGGAUGUAUUUUCUGUUGAUAUUCUUUUGGUGCCCAUUCACCUAGGAGUGCACUGGUGUCUUGCUGUUGUGGACUUUCGGAAGAAGAACAUUACUUAUUAUGACUCUAUGGGUGGAAUAAACAAUGAAGCCUGCAGGAUCCUCCUGCAAUACCUGAAGCAAGAAAGCAUUGACAAGAAAAGGAAAGAGUUUGACACCAAUGGCUGGCAGCUCUUCAGCAAGAAAAGCCAGGAAAUUCCACAGCAGAUGAAUGGAAGCGACUGUGGCAUGUUUGCUUGCAAAUAUGCUGACUGCAUUACCAAAGACAGACCGAUCAACUUCACACAGCCUCUGGUCCUUCGAUGCCAUCCCUCCAGCUCUCAAAUACGUCUUUCCAGAGUAAGAGAGAUAGACUACUAAACACUUGGACUUUGCCUUCUCUCUUGCUCCACCUGGAUGAGCCAGGGCGAGGUGGAAUAUAGACCUUCAUGGCCUGUAGUUGACUCUGACAGGCCACAUGCUGAGCUUCUGGAAAAGUUACCAUAUUUUGCUGCCCAAAAGGAACCUACCCAUAGCUUCAAAAUCAUUCUAAAAUGUAAGGUUCAGCCCAGCAUCUUUCCUUAGAGAUGGAAACCUUAUUUCACCUGUGCUGAACCCUGACCUCUAGUAAGAGUUCAUGACCAUCAUUCCCAGCUUUGGAGGUAAGGAGUGAUGUAAGGGUAUGUGGGGUCAUGCUGGUCAUCCACUAAGAUACGGGAGAACUUACACAUGAAUCCCCUGUAGGAUACAAAAGAGAAACUCGAAGCCAGAGGAUAAACCUUGAAAUAAUAUUAGUACAUGCUGUCUCUCUGGGCUCUCAGGGAUAGGGCAAGAAUAAUUCUCAUUGUAAGUGGUUGGGCCAGAUAUCUAGGGUCUUGUCAAGAGUCUAAGAUUCUGAAAUGUGGAGGGCUGUGAUCCUGCUUGGAAUAGAAUUCAGUCAAGGUAGGGAUUCAAAGUUCAAGUUUAAGGCCAAUGUUAAUAUGGCUUAGUCUUAGAGUUAAGGCCCAGGUCCAAGUCUUACCCUAAUGGGACAGAUCAUAGCUAUUGACUUUGGCAUUCUCCCCUGAGAAGUAGCCAUCAACUGCCUGACUUCUGGAGAUUGCCCUUCCACUCUCAGAGCAUCAGUGUCCGGAAGGGAAAGUGUGAGAAAGAUGUACAACGAGCCCAGAGUCCAGUCAGUGGGACACAGCUCAUUCAGUUUACUCCUGUGUUUCUUUUACAAAUACCUCCAAAGCACACACACCCAAAUCCCAUCUCCACGAAGCCUUCCCUAAUCACAUUAUCUUAAAAUCUCUUAUCUCAGCUCUAGCCCUUAUUUUUGUUUUUUGGGGUUUUUUUAGAUUCUAUUUAUUUAUUUGACACAGAGAGGGAGA